CCUGCGGUGAUGUGGUGGGAACAGCCACGGUGCGAAGCCGGCAACGUUUGCACCGGGGAAUUAAGGAAUGCAUCCGGAAAAGAAAAUCAACAUUAAAGUUUAUGACUUUUGAGCCGAACUUGGCGCAACGGUACAGAGGGAUAUUAGCCUGCUCCGCUGUCUGUAACGUGGCACCAAGUCAAAAGUGGCCACAAUCCUUGGCAGCAGGGAAUCAGGCGUGCCGCAGUAGAUCGGAAAUAUACCAUCAUUUGUUUCAGAUGCAGCUGAAUUUUAUUUCCCCCAAGUUAUUUCUGUUUCGCCACUAAACCGCACACAAUUCUGCACACGCCCAAUUAUUUCCCAAGCAACGUGUUGCCCCGCCGCCGUGUUGCAAUGUUAAUUAGUCGAGUUCGUGCCCUUUCAUUUUUUUCGCCUUGUAACCAAAGGUUAGACGCGGAGUGGCGAGCAGCCCUGGGCCAUCUGAAGCCGACUGUUGCGGCUCUCAGCGAGCGACACCUGGGCACUGGAGGAGAAAUGCGGAAGUCCGUGGUUUAAAUAGCGAGAACCGCCGUCAAAAAAAACACCCCGGAAUAAACCUAGCCUUUGUUUUGGGUUUAUUUUGUAUCCGCGCAUCUGGUAACAGAAGUAUUCUCAGGGGAGGGGCAGACUGAACUGUCAGACGCGCUUGUGUGUGUGUGAGUGUGUGUGAGUGCGUGGGGUUUGGCAGACCAUGGGGAUUUCUUCCUGCUUUAUGUUGCUGCAUCACAGCCGAGACCUGGGCUCGGACGCGAGUCUCUGUGGCUGAAGCUGCUCUCAAGGAGAUGUCGGGACCAUCGGCAGAGCGAGCCAGAGAUUCGGCUUUGAUUGUCCCACUUGUUCGGUUCAGAAGACUGGAGGUUGAGAAGUGACUCCAGGCAGCGAUGUCAGGCUUAGCAAGUGUGUCUUGUCGGCACUUUAGACCGAAGAGCGUGAGGAAACCUGCGCUGCUCUGUGUCCUCCUGUGGGUCGCCUGCUGGUUUCUUGUAAACAUAUCAACCUUCAUACACAGGAAUAUCUUUGCGGAGUAUUGUACUGACCAGAAAAGUAAAGGAAUUCUCGGUAGACUGUGCCUUGGUUACCAGCAGGGAUUACUGACAGGAGACCUGUGCAAGGAUUUGUGUGUCACCCAAACAAUGGUUUAUAAACGAUGCCUCUACUAUGAUAAAGGUAAAAAAGUUAUACAGGCUGAUUGGAAUGGACAACCAAUAAUUCUGAAAUCCAAGCUAGAAGACUUCUUAAGCUACGACAGCCUGUACCUCCUGGAUGAACAAGAAAGCAGGUCCAUUCCAGAAAUUGACAUCUUGGUCUUUACUGCACUGGAAAUCAAACACUCCUUGGGUCUGGAAGUGAAGAAUGUUACAGCACCACAACUAUGGACCAAGCACUUAAAAGACAGGAGGGGCUCAUUCUCAAGGGCAGAGCUGGCCAGUAUGUGGUCCCUGCUGCAGCAAGAGGAAUACGUAUUCUUCCAGUUACUGCAGGAUCUCAGUAAACAUGUUCUCAAAAUGAUAGGCUCCUGUGGACAUUUCUAUGCUGUCGAGUACCUUACAGCCGGCCACGCUUGGCAUCACAACCUUUUCUCCCUGGAGGAGCUGAGCCCCCACUCCUGGCGUGGCAGCAGCAGCAAGGCAUUGUGGCAGGCGACUAAUAGCAUUGCACUUAGCUUCCUUGAUCUAGCGGGGCACUUUGAGAAUGACUUUUCCCACCCGCUUCAUCUCUGUGACAUCAAGCCGGAGAACUUUGCUAUCAGGGCUGAUCUAACGGUUGUUGCAAUAGAUGUAGACAUGGCUUUUUUUGAACCCAAAAUGCGUGACAUCCUUGAACAAAAUUGUACAAAGGACGAAGACUGCAGUUUUUUUGACUGUUUCUCUCAUUGUAAUUUAAAGACUCAAAGAUGCAGAGCAGAGCGUUCAAAUAACAACCUGCAGGUCAUUUGUGAUAAAAUAUUCCGCCCUUUAUUCUCGCCACAGCUGAGUGAACACAGGGUGCGCCAUCCACUGCAAUCCCAGCUGUACAGAGCUGUAACGAGGUGUGCCGAGCUGUCCAAGCAUGGCAAUGUGGACACGAGGACUACAGAGGACACAUUUUCUGAACUGUACAAUUUGUUUAAGGCUGGUCAGAGAAAACAAUGAAAUAAAAUCAGCUGACUACCAAAACAUUUAAAGAGUAGCCUCCUUCACAUACGUUGGUAUCCAAGAGAUCUCCAUAAGAAGUAUUUGCAAUGACUUUACUGAUCUGACAAUCAUGACAGUUUUGUAUAUUGGUGCUUCUAACUGAAACUGCAGAAAAAUGAGCAAUGACAAUGCAGGAAAGGAGAAUAUGAAGGUUAUAUAAAGAAUGCCUCGAUCCUCUUAA